GUUGAUUGCAUUAAAAACUGAAUCCGCGACCGCGUGUGCGUAUCCGUUUCGCUACAGAUUUCUGUUGUGCUUUUCAUUUUACUCUACUGAUUCCGGCUUCCCCAGUUCUUCUUAACUUAUUUAUAUCAGGUAACCGUGGUAACCUAAUUAUGAUCCGCAACCGACGCCUGCACCAAUCGGCGCCGGCAACAGUUCGGCAGCAGCCAUCACCGUUGCAGGCCCAACAGUUUCUCAGCUAUACGGCAGCGAACGAUAUCCAGUUUGUUGCUAUGGAACCGCCGGCAAACAGUGCCAAGGCACAGCCUAGCGGACCACCACCGCUAUCGUAUUCCGGUAUACUAAGCGAACCCGUUUACGAGGGACCCUUUCAAGUGAUCGAGCCAGGAAGCGAGCUGUAUCUGCAGAUAGAUUCUUCCUUCUGUUUUGACAGUUUUGACUCGCUCGAGACAGGGCCGGCUUUGAACCAACAAGAGGCGGUUAGCUGUUCCGAAAAUGGUAUACCCCAGCAGGUGUUAGAUGAUGUGUUCCGAGUGGAAGAUGAAAUGCAAGCUAACGGAGAUAUGAUACCUAGGCAGUAUCCCGUGGCGGAUCACCUUUCGAUGGCCGAUUAUGAGGUUCAGCUGGUAGCAGAAAUGGAGAAACUUUUUCCUCAAGCUCCUCAACCGGUUGCACCCCCGGGCAGUCGUCUAAUGGAGGAACUGACCAAGAUUGGUUCAUCGGAUAACCCAUGCUAUAUGAGUGUCCACUUCAAAUCGGACGGGACGCGUAAUGGACGAAACGUCCCAAAGAAAUUUCAGUUGGACCUCCUUAAGCGGGACAAGGAACGGGGAUUCCGCUGUGUGGAUAUGGUAGAUGGAAAUGGAAAAAUUUUCAAAGCUAAAUACUAUGAACAUAUCACGAUUCAGAAACAGCCGAAAACUUUCGCUUCGGUUCCUAUUUCGAAAGAAGUUCGCCAACCAGUCCCGUAUCGCAGAAUUACCGAACUGCUCCAGUCUACUCAGCUAGCAAAUGUUAGUCCUUCAGUGGUUAACAAAAUCGAAAGGUUAGCUAACAACAAUCGAAAUGUAACGCUGACGCCGAUUCGAGGCAGUGUAUCUGCUAGCCGAGUUAAUUUGAGUGGCCCUGCAACAACUUCCACAACAACCAUUGUCAUCAAAGCCCCUAAACGAACCAUCGCCUCUAGCACAGACACUGAAUCGCUCCCACCGACGGAACAUUUCCCCAUGCCAAUAAUUAAGCAAGAACCGCUGGACGAGCCACCGGCUGAGGCCGAAUUACAGCAGCAACUUAGUGUAAUCGAUUCGACACGAAUCGAAGUACCCAUCAUCACACCAACGGUGGCUAACACUGUUGUCAGCAAACAGCCUAGAAAGCAAAAACUUCAAUCACUAUCGCAGUGCGAUAUGGUUUUCAACGAAUCGGCCGGUAUGAAAACUGUUCCGCCUGCGCCCGUCUGUGGCGGGCGUGCUGGAGAUGCGUGUGCAAAAAAUACUAUUCCACCUCCCCGGGCUCGUAUGCCCAACGACUAUGUCACCGUGACGAUCAAAGAUGCCAAUGGAAACGUUAAAAAGCAACCACAGCAAUUGCGUCCGACCCGGCAAAUUGUUAAAAGCCAUGUACCGGUCAGUUCCACUUCGGUUUCGUUUAACAAGCGCAUCACUCACUACCGAGUUGAAACGAUUCCAAAAGAGAAACGAGUUUUUGGUCAACCGGUCGAGUCAAUCGAAAUUCUGGACAGUUCUGACGAGGAAGUACCCGUAAUGAUCCCGGUUCCAGUGGAAGCCGAAUUCGAGGAAGUUCCCAAACCAAAGCUUCCCGGUAAUACGGAAUCGAUUCAGUGUCCCUUCUGUUGCAAAAUAUUUAUGUCACCGCAUUCGCUGCUGCUGCAUCGACAAACCUGCGCCGAUGCCGUCAUGUUUCGGACCACUAACCGGAACAAACCUCCCAAUAAGCAGAUCGGCAAGGAAAAGAUCAGCUUGCUGAAACGUUCGUUUAAUCCUUUGGUUACCGCGAAUCAAAAAUCAAGUAAAAAUCCAGAACAACAACCCGAUACGUCGGAUGUCGCUCUUUCCAAAAAGAACGAUAGCUCGAAUGAAUCCACCAAGGACCGCCAAUCGGAUACGAAGAAGAAACGUGCUUCAGUCGGUCACAAACGCAGCGAACAACUCAGCAUCGAGAUUCUACACUCGGCGUUCAAUAUCGAUAACCUGCUGGUGUGCGAUGUGUGCAAGAAAACGUUUCGCACUCAGGAUCAUUUGGAGGUACAUCGUAAGAUUCACGAGGCCCCGUUCGUGUGUGAGUACUGCAAGAAGAAGUUUCUCGAGGUACCGGUGAAACAUGUGUGCCAGGAGAUGAAGCGUUCGGUGAAACAUAAACGCAAGUCUUGUAAUGUUUGAAGGCGCAAGAAGCAGGAGCUAUUAGUUUUUAAUUUUAUUUUUGGGGAAAAUGAUUUGAACUGCAAACUUGCUAUAUUUUAGCUGCGCUAUGUAUGCGAAAUUCCGGACUUUUUAGCUAUAGUAUUUUAUUUGAAUUGGUAAGAAAUACUUUCUUAUAAGUAUAAAUAAAUGAGGUUAAGCUUAACUACAAUCUAAUUAGCUAAAUAAGUUGUUCAGGGCUCUUUUGUGGAAAUUCAACUUUUGUGUACCUAGAAAUGACUAAUGGUAAGAACGCUAAAUAUAAGAAACGAAGAAUAAAUAUAACAUA